GAGAGCCAGCAGGGGGCAGCCCUGCAUGUACACAGCUCCUCUUUGACCUGUCAGCAGCAGCAGCAGUGUUUAUGUUCCUGGGCCUGACGUGACGCUCACUGCAGGUUUGUUUUGAUGCCAGCGGAGGUGUCAUCACUGCCACUGUCAUCAGAAAGAGCUAGAAAACACUACACUCGUUUAUCUGACGUUCACUACGACGUGAGACAUGAAGAAACACCGGGAGCUAUGGAGAGUACAUGUUGUGUCCUGAGCGACAACGAAGAGCUGCAAACACGAAACGCCGAGAACAACCUCCUCUCCGAGAGGUCCAAGACGCUGUUUGAGGAAAUCCGAGCCUCCAUCAACAACAAUGACAAGGAGGACCGCUCCUUCUGGAGGCCCGUGCUCCCCUGGGGGGGCGUCUUCACCAUCAAGGCGGGACGAAAAGCCAUAUCAUGCACACCCCUGUACGUCAAAAUCAACCUGAAGAACACAUGCACCAUCGACGGCUUCCUCAUGAUCCUCUACGUGAUCCUGCGGGACAACCAGGGCUUCCCCCGGGAGCUGGCUGUCUUCCUGGGCAAGCAGUUUGUGGAGUGUUUCCUCUACCUGAUGGACUCCUGCGACUACACCACCGUGAAGAUGCUGUGGAUCUGGGACAGGAUGUCCAAGAGACAGUACCGCUCAGAGGUCCACCAGGCGGCGUUGGAGAUCGACCUGUUCGGCAACGAGCACGAGAACUUCACAAAGAACUUGAAGAACCUCAUGUCCACCAUGCAGGAGAGCCUGUGCACCAACUGGAGCUGCCCAGCGCGCUUCCAGGAGUUCAUCAAGACCACCAUCAACAUCAGCCCUCCUCAUGAGCUGCCUCACAGAGACCCCAUUCAGUCAGCCAUGGAUGAGUUCCUCUGCCCCAAACUCUUGCUCUGCUCAGAACUGGGGUGUGAUGGUCUGAGGGAGUUCUCUCAGAGGGUCUUCUGCCACGGACCCCCACCCUUUGUCAUUCUGAACAUGCAGCGGUGGAAGUCAGAGGAGUUGUCCUACGUUCCAUACCACUUGGCUCUCUGUCAGCACAGAUACUUACUUGAGGGUGCCACACUCUUCAACAAGGAGGAGCAUCACUACUCUGCAGCCUUCCAGAUUGACGGCUGCUGGAUGCACUAUGACGGAUUGAGGAGCGACAAUCUGAUCUUGUUACACAAGCCACCGGAGCUCUUGCUGCUGUCCUCUCUGGUCUACAUCCGUGCCUCCGAGAAGUGAACUGUACGGAAAAAAGGAUGAUGAGCAGGAGUCGCACUAAGCAUAAGAGUGAAAGCAUUCAUCACCCUCCCUAUCAUUAUUUUGAUAUGACCCCAUGUUUGGCGUUACAUGAUUGUAACUAUCAUCAUUUGAAUCUUUUAGUAAUUCAUGUCAGCAUUUGCUUCCUGUAGGCUGUGAGAGUGCUUCACCUGAAUGCUUACAGCAAGCUCACUGUGCAAAGUGAAAGUUACUUAACUUUUUUUAGGGGCAUGCUUGGAAUCCAAGAGUAUAAUGGACUAUAAUAGUUCUGGGUUGAUAAUCAUAAAUGACCAAAUCAAUGAAUAAUGCACAUUGUGUGAAUUAUCUGCCACAAACAAGGGACUGAUUUGAUUUUAAAAACAUCAUGGCUGUUACAUUCAUCGCAACAAUAGGGGCAUUUUCUAUUAAGUACAUUACAUUGGCUGUGUACUACAUUUGUACAGUUUUGUAUGUGUCUGUUGAACUUUACAUUUUUGCAUAUGAGCCCUUGCUUAAAUUAAACUGGUGCUUUUUGUAUGUACACUGUGGUGUGAGGGUCAGAAACAAGGUGAAAGUCCCUGUCAGGUUAACAGGUCAGCUUUGUUUCUUACCAUGUUUGGGAUGAGUGAAUGUUAAAGUACUUUUAAAUAUUACUUGUUUGGCUUCCAGGCCACUAAGCUGGCAGCAUUGACUCAGCACAUACUGCAUUCUCCUCCACAGAAGAUAUGCUACUUUUUAUAACUUUAAAAAGUAUUGUUGGUAUCACACGGUGCCUCUGCCAAUGAGUAAGUGAAAGUGAGCUCUGUUGAGCAAAUUCCUUUAACAAGGCAAGUUUUUCUAUGCAGACAUUGUCUUUCAAAUGAAAAAUACAAAUAUUUUGGCCUACAUGUGUAUCGAUUUAUUGUGUUGCACGUGCACGUAUGAACAGCGUUCAGAGGGUCAAAAGAGCAACAUAACAGCAGACUACCUUUUAAGGCAGGCAUUUUAUUUUUAAACUGGGUACAACUGCACCACACAAACUGACUAGAAUGUAUGUAAAAUGUCUUCAAUCAAAAACAUGGUCAAAAUGUGAAAAGCUACCGUUUUUCUACACCUAAGGUUAUCUUGUACUUCCAGUAUUAAUCCACAGGAUAUAAAAUUCAAGAUCAUCAUCACCUCUACUCCGGACACACGAUGGGGGGGAAACGUAAAAGAAGCAGAGUGGUCAUUUGGCUAAACAUUGACAUCAGUUUCAAAAAGGAUUUUUUUUCACACAAACAUUAAGAGUGACAGGCCGUCGCCGACCAGGUGUUAGUCGUCGUCCAUCUGCUCUCUUUGAACAAGCACUUUGGUGAGAGUGGUGGCAAAAAAACAUGACAUUGGUUAGUUAGGCCAUAACAAAAAAAAUACAAUAUACAAACACACCUUCCUUUUGCAGAUUAACGUUUGCAGCUUUUCGUCAGCCUCGCUCUAAAAGUAGUAAGUAUACACAUCAGAUAAUCAUGACAUUACACGUAACAUUGACGCUAGAUGAAUCAUGGCGGCAGCACAUAAAUCACGCCUGCAUGAUUUGUGCUAUGAUAAAGAGACCUUAACCAAAUCUAAUACAGUAGACAAAAAAUAUUAGGUUACAGUACAUAAACAAUACAAAUUAUAAAUACAAAUAAAAAGUGAUUCACAUCUUCAUAAAGUAAUUAUGCAGGAACAUACAUUGGUUUGUUUAUACUCCACAUGGUGAUGAGAACAAGCUGCGACAAAAAAAGUUUCACCAGUGACACUCUGACCAACAUACAAGGCAAAUGUCAUUAAAGUGGAAGAGCACAUGUCCUGUGGGCCGUUUACAUGACUGGUACAUGGUAAAAACUGCUGAUUUAAUAAUUAUUUUAAAGUGUAUACUUCAGUUUGGCCACCAAUUAAUUAAAUUGUGAGCCAGCCAUUAGAUUCUAGCUAAAUAAACAUAUGCCUUGUACACAAUUAAACAGCAUGCACAACAAAAAGUCAUCACAAAAUGUCUAGGAUAGGUAGGAUGACGCAAAGUCAAUGGUACCAAAAGUGGCUGGACAGACAUGCCAUGUGAGGCGGUGGGGGGGGGUUCAGCAAUAUGAAAUGCCUUGGCUUUUUAAAAGAGACAAACACAAAACACACUCGUCUUCCACACAGGGAACAGAAAAACAUGAUCUUAUUGCAUUUUCUAAAUGCCGUCAGCCUAAAUUAUAAAACAUAUGUACAAAUUACAAUAUGUAUCAAACAGUUUGGUAAGUGCAAUGCAGAGCUUGGUUUAAGUUUCUAUGUGUGUGCAAACGUCAGUGCACAAAGCAACUCAAAACUAGACUUGAACGUGGACAGUGACUCAACAAAGUCGCACCACGAGUAGUCAUUUCCUAUACUGGCACCCUCUCUAUUGCUGUGCGUCGCUUGACCUGUCAGUCAGUGGAGCCCGAGGCUGCACACAGCGACACCCUCAGCCAGCCUGGGGUCAUAACACACACCCAGGCGAGCAGUCCGAGUCUGCUAGUCAGGUCUCUCUUCCAGGACACUGUGACGACUUGGCCUGAGUUGGCUAGCACAGCACUUGGUGCUUUAUCUUCCAUCUCCAUGACAGUAUGGAAGAAUAUGAUGCUAAUACAUUAGCAAUAAUUAAGUGUUUUAAUUGUGGCAAAAGAGGGAUGUGGUUUCUGGAGAAAAAUAAAAUAAGGUGCAUGUUUUGGCACUUUACAUUAAACUGUGAACCAAUGACCUCAGACCUGAUCUUACAUGCAAGACCAUAGCUGCAUGUGGGUCACGUGGUUGGUAGCAGGUUGGCGAGCAUGAAGACUACUUGACACACCUGAUCACAGAGCUAAGUGAGUGACAUAGUACUGGCAACAGGCACUGAGACAAUGGCAAAGCAUGCUCAUAUCCUGCAGUAGGGAUCAUGUGAAGAAAAAUAAAUGCCUACAAAAACAUUUAAUAAAUAAUAAAAAAAACAGUGCUGAUUUUUUUGGGAAAGGGGGAAUUAUGAGGGCAGAAGUUUGUGGUUGUCCAACCACAGACGUCCCUUUCAAUACAAUUUCAUUUUAUUGCAUGGUUGGGGCCAUUUAGGUUCUUAACCCAUUUAAAUGCACAUAAAUCAAGAUUAAACAUGUAACGUUGCAGUGAAGCAGAGAUUGACCUAAUUGUGUGAGGCAACACAGACAAACAGCUGAAUCCUGAAUCCUAAAUAUAGCACCAGUUGGUAUUGUGUACAGACCAAAGGGUGAACAUUGGGCCAAGGUCGAUUACAACUAUUGUGAAGAGUAGCAAGUGCAUGACCCGACCUCAAGAGGAUGUAACAGAAGCAAGAACAUGGGGAUUUUUUUUAACAUGGCUCCAAGAAUGAAGCAGAGACUAGUGGCAAACACUCUGAGGAGAAUUCGUCAUUCACCUCUUAAUUGACCCUUGGAAUCAAACUACAUACGUACGUUCACACGCGCACUUAGUGACCCAGUGCAGAAAAAACAUUUACAGGCAAUGCACUAUAGGAUAUAUUCAUCUAUAUAUUUCAUUUAGACCAUUUACAAUAGAGGAAAAAAGGCAGCCCUUUUUGAGAAAAUAUAAAGAUUCCAACGUUUCUGUUUUGUGAAGCAGAACUCAUGGGUCGCUGAGCCCCAGCAUCGGUCCUGCACACAAACACGCAACAAAACAAUCCUAUCUGACAUGCACGUACUCCUCGAGCAUACACACAGACAUACACACCGACAUGGCCGACAACCACAUAUUUCAUACAAGUACACAAGCGGUGUUCGACUAAAGUUUGAAGAUAUGGUUCUGUUUGCAGCAGGGGAAUUCAAGAAAAA